UAAACCCAAAACCCUCACUCAGCUCUUUUUGCCAUCUUCUUCUUGGUUCUCAUUCGCCUCUUUUGGCGGAACAUCUUAUUGUUUCGAGGGGUUGUUGUUCAGUUUCAAGGUUUCUUGCUUUUUUGUUUUUACUAGUUUCAAUCUGCAGCCAUGGGAAAAGCAAAAAAGGCCCCCAAAUUUGCUGGCAUGAAGAAAAUAGUCACUCAAAAAGCUAUUAAACAUUACAAGGACCAAGUUUUGAACCCUAACAAGAAGGACCUCAGCAAGGAAAAACUCCCCAGAAACGUGCCGAACGUUUCUUCAGCUCUUUUCUUUACACACAACACCUCCUUGGGACCGCCUUAUCGUGUUUUGGUUGAUACCAACUUCAUCAAUUUCUCCAUCCAGAACAAAUUGGAUCUGGAGAAGGGAAUGAUGGACUGCUUAUAUGCAAAAUGCACUCCUUGUAUCACAGAUUGUGUGAUGGCUGAGCUUGAAAAAUUGGGCCAAAAGUACCGUGUAGCUUUGAGGAUUGCUAAGGAUCCUCGUUUUGAAAGAUUGCCAUGUGUCCAUCAAGGAACCUAUGCUGAUGACUGUAUUGUUGAGAGAGUUACACAGCACAAAUGCUUCAUUGUUGCUACAUGUGAUCGGGACUUGAAGAGAAGGAUUCGUAAGGUUCCUGGUGUGCCAAUUAUGUAUGUCACUCAGCACAAGUACUCAAUUGAACGACUUCCUGAAGCAACCAUUGGUGGAGCUCCAAGAUUUUGACAUGCAAGUAUUGAUAUUUCAGUAGCAGUGAUCUCUGGGUUCAAUUUUGAUACGAUGAGAUAAAGUAGUUGAGGUUGUAGAUGGGCUAUAUAUUAUAUAUAGCUAAACAUUUAUUUGCCCAACCUAUGUAAUCAGCACCUCUCCCAGUGUUUUAUUUACUCUUUUCCAGAUUAACAUAGUGCAUGUCUUCGAUAGGUGAUCUUAAUGGGUGAUAAUUUGAGAGGCGUAUACUAUUUUAACAGUAUAAUACACUGUACUUGUUUAUGACAAUUGUAGUCAUAUUUCUUACUUCGAUAAUCUGAAUUUGCUACUAAUUGGAUCCA